AUGCAAAUCACAGCUAUUCUCUUGGCCAUUGGCCUACUGGCCACACCAACAGUACAACAAACAGCCCUGGUGUAUUGCGAAUACAAUGGAUGUCCUCUUCCUGAUGGAUCCCAAGGAUGCAACAAACACGUUUUCUGCUGUAAUGCCAAUCUGUCAGCAAAUGAUAAGGGUCCAUGGCAAGUCGGCCGGGAGUGUAACCGAGUCACAAAUAAAAACAGCGAGCCCUUUUCCUGCAACGCACAAGUAUCGGAAUCAGGCCAGAAGCCUGUUGCUGGUAUCUUAGCUGCCGUCGGUUCUGUCAUGUGUUGUUGA